CUAACUACUCUGUAAGGCAGACCAUAAUUGUAUCUGCUUCCUACUUCAAUGCCAUGUGCCCACCAUUAUCAAGUUAGGGGGUAUAGGUAGGCAGUAACAUGUUGCCAGGCAUGUGUUUGUCUUCCUAUCUGGGUAGGCAGUUGCAUGAACAAGCGGACCGCCAAAGCUCUGAAUCCUUAGGGUUUUUUUGAGUUUAACUCAUAUUUUCUGGGAAACCUGUUGGCUAGAGCCCCAGAAAUCUUUGCCAGUCAGCCACACUCUUAAUCAUGCUUCUAUACACUGAGACUGACAAAAUGUGAAUAGCUGGUUCACAAUGUUGGUAGCAUUGGACGUUCAUAAGGUGCAGUCAUAAGGCACCUUUGAACAUUCUCCCUAAGGAUUAGUGGGCAACCAACAUCUGUUACUUAUUUGUUUACAGCAUUUGUAAUGCCCCCCAUUUAGCCAAAAAAAGCAGCUUACAAAAAUCAUUUGUGAGAUAGUCCCCUGUCCUCAGGCUCACAGUGUAAAGAGAUAAUGAGGCAGGAGGGAAAGAAAAUAGGCAAAAGCGAGCUGAAGCACAAGUUCUUAAUGGUUCCAGUUCUUAAAGCAGUUUUGCCUGCCUUGCCCUUGAUACCUACCCUGCAGCACUCUUUUUCUUCCCAGAUCAGAUCCAGGAGCAUUAUAUGCUGGUGUACAGAGUACAAAUGCUGAAUAUGUUUCUGAUUCCUGUAAGACAGUCCUUGUGUUUGUGUUCGUAACUUAGGAAGCCAAUAUAAUAUGGCUAGACAUGCAAAAUUCUGGAUUCUCUUAUGUGUUACAUAAGGUUUAGGGACUUGCUAGUUAAAUCUGAUUUACAAGUUUAGUUGGUCAAUAAAACUUACUAAAAUUGCUAUUUCUAGGAUCUUUUGGAAUGGAAAAAUAGCACUAGCGGAGACUUAAAUGAAAUUCCAAACAGGAUAAUGCAGCUUUCUCAAGAAAUAAACAACCAUUUACCAAGCUGCUGUAAGGAAAUACUGCAGAGAGCUAUAAAAGCGGAAGUGCAGCUUUUAAAAAUUCGCUAUCAGAUGUAUCAACAGCACUGCUGGCAGACAUACAUUAAUUCCAUGGACAAAAAGAAAUCUGUAAAUGGUUCUACCCUUGGGACAGGAAAAUCCGUGUCUCAGGUGUCAUUGCCACAGAAUAUGGAAGUUUCUUCACCCCCUUUAGUUAUGUGUCAAAAGGAGGAUGGUGAAAACAGUGGCUCUGAUUUGUCCCUUUCCAACAAAACCUCUGAAGAAAAGAAAAAUGAACUUAUGGAAAAUAGUUCUUCAGAUACUCAAGAAAUCAGUGAAGGCUGGUUUGAUGCUACAGAGAACCUGACAGGAACUGAUUCUUCACUGCCACUUACAGAUCAGUUAAAGCCAUGUGGUACAUCAGAAACACAAACUAUAAAAGACACAAAAAAGGAGCUAAAGAACAUAAAUAGUGUUCAUGUUGCAAAUUUAAGUCCCUUAGUAUCAGAGGUUGAUCUGUGGCUUCAUUUCAAGAAGUAUAAUGUUUCUGAUAUUUCCAUUUGUGGAUAUUCUGCCAAUCACAGAUAUGCUUUCCUUGGUUUUAGAACAGCCUGUGAUGCAAAGCUGGCAGUGAAAGAAAUGAAUGAGAGAGAAAUAAAGGGGCAAGCGGUAAAGAUUCAACUUGUAAAGACAGCAAAAGAAAAUGGGCUCCCAGAUUAUCAGAGUUAUGUGAAACCAGAGUAUGGAAACAAAGAACCACGUUAUAGCUGUGAAAAGAAUAUGGAAAAUAGCAAUAACUGUAAUGUGACAUUUCAUGCACCCACUUCGGCCUCAGCUACUUGGAAAAUGUCUGACAUCUCUUCAAAAGGGCCCAAUAUCUCCAAAAGUCCUUUAAGGUUACCUUUACCUUCGGAAAGUGAUCCCCGGCCUCUCUUGGACUCUUCAAAAGUGUCUCUUGAUGCUUCAGCCCCUUACAAAGUACCCAAGCCCGAUCUCAAAUCUUCUAAACUUUCAUCAGAAAGUACACAUCUUGAAAUGGAUCAAGAGGAUAUUGCAGGGGGCCUCUUACCGUUGGGUUCCGUACAGUUUGUUCCAAAUCCAUCCGCUACCUUUAUACCACCAAAUGCAUUAAACUUGAGAAGCUUCCGUAAAGUGGUGAAGAAGCUGGAAGAUCUAUAUCCAGAGCUUCAUAGAGACAAUAUUUUGGAUGCUUUGGUAGAGAUAAAAGAAAACAAGGGUUUGCUUAGUGGCUUAUCACUUAGCUCUAUUGUGCAAAUGACUUCAUCACUUCUGGAAAAGAGAUUUGGAUGUAAAUCUGAGGGAAAGCAAAAUAAUAUGAGAAAUAAGCAGUGACUCUGCAGCUGUCUGUGAAUCUCAACGUAUUUUUUCUGGGUGUGUCUGUCACUGGCAUGAAUGAAAAGAAAAGCCAUCAUUGCAGGCCUGAAAAGAGAAUGCACACUCAGUUGAGGAGCUCUAAGUGAAUUUAAAGAGGAACGAAAUGUUAGUUUAUGGAAAACUCAGUUGUUUGGAAAAUGUUCCAGCUUUCAAAGAGAUGCACGUUUGCAAGGAACUGGUGGUCUUCUGCUCUUUUACUCUGCAAUGAACAAAAAUCUUUGCCCUAGGUAACUAUUAAGCAAAAAGGUUCAUCUUUUGUUUUGAUAACCAUAUUUUGUGUUUGUCAGCUACUGUAAUGUGAAACAACUUUAGAAUAUAAUAUGUAAUUAAGAAUCUGAUGUGGCUGAAGUUUGUAGCUGCAGUUUGAAUAAACAUGUUUGG